CUUCAGUGGUAUGCUCAUCGAACCAAAACAGUUGCCUGCUCCCGUCCACGCAGUUCUGUCUCAGCGGGGGUGAGACACUGUGCGCUUAUACCAACAGUGACACAAUAAUUAGCAGACCUUUGCUGCUCCAAAACACGAAUAUUUUGCAGGUAGGCUAAAGGAACCGUCUUAUCAAAGAAGACAUGGCUCGUUUACUUUCUCGAUUUUCUUCGCUUCUCAUCAAAGCAACUGCACCUAGAAGAACGUUACCUGCUGUAAAGAACAGUUUAAAAUGGGUUAGACCAUUUUACACGAACUCCGGUCUGGGAUCACUUACACGGUAUGAUGGCACAGCUGUCGAGAUUGAUUGGAAAAAGAAACUAACGCCAGAGCAGUACUAUGUGACCAGAGAAAAGGGGACUGAGCUGCCUUUCAGCGGCAUCUACCUGAACAACACUGAAGCAGGACAUUACCAUUGUGUAUGCUGUGAGGCACCUCUCUUCAGUUCAGAAACAAAGUACAACCCUGGUACAGGGUGGCCUUCAUUUUACGAAGCCCAGGGCACGUGUGACAGAGAUGAAAGCAAUAGCAACAUCCUACGCCGGCCUGACAACUCCCUGGGCUCUGCUGGAACAGAGGUCCUUUGCCGACAGUGUGACGCCCACCUUGGCCAUGUCUUUGAUGAUGGACCAGAGCCUUCAGGACAGAGAUUCUGCAUCAACAGUGUUGCGUUAACCUUCAAACCCACUUCAAAAUAAUUAUAAACUGAAAAAUGUGUUGGAAAUAUACAUGCGUAGAUUUACCAGUAUCCACAUUUACAGCCUAUUGUUUUUAUGACAGUAAAUGUACUACCUUUCAGGCCUUUCAUCUCUGGAGGCCUGGGUUUGAGUGCAGUAGACAGAGUUUGGUUGGACACAAUUAACAACUUCUCUGAGGGAAUGGCAGUAUUGACUGACUCCCAAAAUAAAUUGAGGUUUCAAAACAGUUUAACGCUACAUAAUAUUAUCCAAGCUUCUGAUAAAAUACACAUAUGCUUGUAAAAUUGCCUACUUACAUUAAAUAUUUAGAGUUA